UGACACGGAUGGUGGUGAACCCCGCUUCUGCUCCGUGUAGUUGGUGAAAAACCGGGACUUCCAACAUGAACAAAGAUGCCCAGAUGAGAGCAACCAUUAACCAAAAGCUAAUAGAAACAGGAGAGCGAGAACGGUAAAGUGUAACUGGGAAGAGGAACCUGCAGUUGAAGACAGCUGUACAGAAUUCUUCUUUCAGAAGGGAAGAGGGAAGGUUUUCUUUUGAAGGCCUGUUUUCAGGUGAAAUAUUCUAACUUUUAGAGUUAGCGUAUAUAUGCUAACAGAGUAAACCUGGGCAGUUCAAGUGACGCAAGGGCUUCUACCUCUUUUCUGUGGCUGCAGCAUCAACACUGCCUGAAAGAAAUACUGUGAAUUAGCUCCUGAGCUGCCAACUCCCCUCAGUCCAACAUGGUAAACUGAAAUUAGUACUCAUUCAGGUUAGAGUUCACAUGCUGUUCAGCCAUUUCUGCUGCUGGUCUGGGAGUUCUGUUGUGGGCAGGAAUUGUGGACUAAACUUUCACCCUGAAGCAUAUUUAAGCUGUCAGGAAUGUUUGAUGUUCCUAACAAGUUUGUAUAUUGUCUUAACAGCCUUAAAGAGUUGCUGAGAGCCAAAUUAAUUGAAUGUGGCUGGAAGGAUCAGCUGAAGGCACAUUGCAAAGAUGUCAUUAAAGAAAAAGGAUUAGAGCAUGUUACUGUUGAUGAUUUGGUGGCAGAAAUCACUCCCAAAGGCAGAGCCUUGGUACCAGACAGCGUAAAGAAAGAACUCUUGCAGAGAAUAAGAACCUUCCUUGCCCAGCACGCCAGUCUUUAACUUUGACAUUCGCCUGGGCUAGUGUUUCUGUUUCUGAAUUAUGUCAAUCAUGUCAGGAUUGGAAUGCAGUUUACAUACUUCAGGAUGAUGAGUUGAAGUUCCUUUGCACUGCAUUGAUUUCUUAAACUUGGUGUUAUUUUAAUAAAAAAUUUUGUGGAUUUGUGA